UAUAGGUGACAACUCAAAAGUAACAAAUGCGAAUCUUUUACACGUUUUGACUAUCAUUUCUUUUGUUUACCAUUCUCCAUCUUCCUGAUACUUUUUGUAUACCUUUCUUCAUAAAGGCUGCCUUGCUUCUUUCUUUUACUGUAUUCUGUAUAUUUUUUAACCUCAUUUCAGUGGAAUUGUGAAAUACGAAGUUUGGCUAAUGAAGCUUGGCAAUUAAAUACAUGGCUGUUUAAGUUGUCUAGGAAGGAAACACAUUUGAAGUAUUUAUUGAAACAUAAUUUGCUGCUACUCCCAUAAAAACUCUUAUGUUUUCUUCAGGCAUCCUGUUCCAAAAAUCUUCAGCUGGUCUGUCGGGAAACAACUCAAGGUACGGAUAAAACUACAAAUUUAAAGAUUAUAUCUUUUCGGGUGGAAUUUAUCUUCUUUAUUUUUCCCUUAAGUAAAUUGAUCUCCUGUGAUUGCAUACUUUCCAAAUCAUUCCGUUUCAAAUUCGGGCAUUAUAUCACACUAGAAACAUUCUUAUCUGGAGAAAAAGAAUGAACUUCUACACACUAUUACCUUCUAGGCUCGAUAUCAAUGCGGACAACAUAACGGAAAAGUUUUGCCAGUUCUGUUUAUGCUGCAAUCCUUGGUAUGCAGGGGCAGAUACAAGACAACUAGCGACUGCAUUUAAUUCAAUUCCAAAAUCUGAAGGCCAAAAGUUUGACAUUUGGGUCUUAUUUCUAUUAAUUCGGCAAUACCAUCAGAAAGUGAUUAGCUCUUGGUCUAAACUGGUUGGUUUCUUGGGCGUUGAAAGAAAGGAUGAGCAAUCUAGUCAAAAAAUUCAACAAUAUGUUGUUCGUUUGAAACGGUGGAUGAAUCAAAUGCAUGUGGACGCCUUCUUUGAUUAUCUUUUGAACCGUCCCAAUGAAUAUUAUUUGGAAAUCCCGGAAAGUCAACCUCAGUUACGAUCUAAUGUUAAUAUUAAUGAUGAUUUGGUAAUCAAAGGGUUACGUGCUGGUUUGGUUGCUCAUCAUAGCAAUUCAAUGGAAGUACUGCACGCUUCCGGUUCUCCAUCCAACUGGAUGUCUUCGACGGAUCACAAUUUAGGAACUGAUAGUCAAAGCCUUGGUUUCGUCCAUGAUGACUCUGAAAACUGUCCAACUCCUCAUUCACUUUUAAUGCCUACAUCACAAAACAUUGCUGUUGAUCCUGUCGAACAUCAACGAAACCACCCUUCAAAUAUUCCAAGUUCAUCACUUCAACAAAGUACGAAUAUGUUUAAUUCGUCAAAUGAAUCAACCCAAUUACCAAGGAGGACGACUGAUUCCAACAGACAUGAAAAUUCUUUCCAAGAUUCAGAAUCUGUAAACGUUGCCGAUACAAUAGAUCCCGCCAACAGUUGGCAACAGUGGCCAGAUGAGUUACGAAACGUUGCUUCACCAAAAGAAAGCGACACCCUGAGUGACUCUUGGUCUAGAUCUGCAAAUGUUGAUGCCGAUAGUUUUGAGCAAGAGAAGGGUAUUCCGCGGAAAAGAGGUCGUCCCCCAGGUGCAAGAAAUAAAUUAAAACAGUUGCAUUCCGAAGUAUCGAUUCCAAUAAACAUAGAUACCGGCUGGUAUGAACGUUUUGAUAAGUUAAUGCACGCUCAAAAUACUAUGCUACGGGCUGCUUUUUCACAUGCAGCUCAUUUACCAACAGAAAAGGUAAAUUAUUUACUCAAUAGCUACACAGAUGAAAUUUCUACUUACAUACCCACAAAUGUUCCUUCCUCAAGGGUUAACAACAUGAGGAACAUUUCUCAUACCAUGUUAGCUCUCGUUUCCUCCCCACUUGAAAUUAUCGAAGCUAAUAAUGACAGACUCAUAUGGUCUGUUCACCAGGGGCCCCUCAGUGCAACCGUAUGUCAUACAUUCAACUCCGAAAAAACUCCUAAUUUACAAGCUUUGACAGAGCCUACUAUUCUAAAAGAUGCCACGGUUCAAAGAACGAACUCUGCCGUAAGUACUUUGGGAUCCCUGGACUCGGUGUCAACAUUAAAGCUAGAAAUCGCAAAGCUGAAUGCCGAGUUACGCCAAAAGAACAAUGAGAUUGAAAACCUGAAACGGAAAGUUAUGAAUGCUAUUUUCAAUUAGAUCCCUCUUUUAUUUUUGUAUUCCGUAUACCUUUACGAGACUAAUUUAAAAGUAUUACAUUUUUACAGUUUUUUGUUUGAUAUUUAUCUAGAUAUGAAUCUAAUAGCUAGCUAUUAUUUAAUAAAUAAAUCUAAUUAUGAAUAAACUACUUGCUUUUCGGUGUACUCAACGAGAACUCCCUAG